AUGAAGUACAAUAUCAUUUUGGCCCUCGGCGGUCUCGCCGGGGCUCUUGCGAGCAAGUCGGCUCCUAGAGUGCUCCACGAGUCUCGCGAAGCCAAGCAUCAGCUAUCACAAUGGCAGAAAUUGGAUAAGCUGCCGCCCGACACAAUUGUGCCUGUGCGCCUUGCUUUGAAGCAGGGCAAUACGGAUCGGGGGAAGGAUCUUCUCAUGGAAAUUUCCAAUCAUACAUCGGAGAAAUAUGGCCAGCACCUCACCCAAGAAGAGAUUGUCGAGCUUUUUGCCCCGGCUAACGAGUCUAUUAAUGCUGUCAAGAGCUGGCUUGUGGCAUCCGGCAUCUCCAGUAGGGCUAUCAAGAUCCCGAAGAGCAAAGGCUGGCUUUAUUUUGACGCUACAGUUGCCCAGCUUGAGGCCGCAUUGAAAACGGAGUACCAUGUUUACAAUCACCUCAGCUCUGGAUCCAGUCACUUCGGCACUCACGAGUACUCUUUGCCCUCAGACGUAUCUGAACACGUUGACUUCAUCAUGCCGGCUGUGGCAAUGGCUCACCUAUCGAACGAUACCCGUCAGCCGACAAGGAAGCGUGCUUUAGAGGUUGAGCGGGCACUCCCCGCCAGUCAACUUUUCUUAGACGGGAGUGAUCAGGCUGCCUGCAACGCAAGCCAAAUCCUUCCAGCCUGCAUCCAGUACCUGUACCAGUUUCCUAACAACACCAAGGCUGAUCCGAGGAACGUCAUUGGGAUCUACGAGCCAGCCGACUCAUUAUUCUCCCAGAGCAACCUAAACCUAUUCUACAAGGAUUUCUAUCCAAGAAUUCCACAAGGUUUUGGACCUCAAAUCGACAGCAUUGAUGGUGCGACUACCGCGCAGAGCCCGUCCGGCGGCGAGACCGAUCUCGAUGUUCAGAUGAUUAUGCCGAUUGUAUAUCCUCAAAACGCAGUCAUGUACCAGACCAACGUGUCGUUUGUUGACGAAUUCUUAGAAUUGGGCCUGUACAACCGAUUCUUGGAUGCUAUUGACGGAACAUACUGCAACUACUCUGCAUACGGAGAGACGGGUGAUGACCCAGUGUUUGAUGGCAAUCUCACCCACCCGGACUGUGGGACAUUCAAGCCCACAUCUGUGAUAUCAACUUCAUGGAGCUGGUCUGAAGAUCACUUCCCAGCGGCUUAUUCAAAGCGUCAAUGCGAUGAAUGGAUGAAACUGGGUCUGCAAGGCACCACCGUCGUGUCCGCCAGCGGUGAUGACGGGGCCAGAGGAGACGCCUGUAUUGGCGACGACAUAACCAUCUUCGCCCCCGACCAAUCCUCGGGCUGUCCGUGGAUACUGUCCGUUGGUGGCACCGGCUUGCCGGACAACUAUAAGCCGGGAGAUCAAGAAGUUGCGCCACAUGGGUAUCUGCCUGGUGGUGGUUGGAGUAAUAUCCACCUCAGACCGGACUACCAGGAAGCCGCAGUUUCAGAGUACUUCAAGAACCACGAUCCUAAUAUUCCCUUCUAUCACACCAAGGACGGUGAUAUUCCGUUGACCGGCGGGUCGUACAACCGUGAUGGCCGGGCAUAUCCCGACAUUUCCGCCAUCUCAGAGAAUGGAGUUACAAUCACCACUGGUGGUGUGGUUCGGCUUGAUAAUGCCGGUACGUCAAUGGCUGCUCCCAUUGUCGCGGCCCUCAUUUCUCGCAUCAACGAGGAGCGCCUCAGCGCUGGAAAAGGUCUGGUGGGCUUUGUGAAUCCGGUUUUCUACGCGCAUCCCGAGAUGUUCAACGACAUUACAUUCUCGCCCCUCAAGGUAGCCCCAUGCAACGAGACGGGGUACUUGGAAGCAGUCAAGGGCUGGGACCCCAUGACUGGGCUAGGAACCCCUAAUUAUCCGGCCAUGCUGGAAGUUUUCAUGAACCUCAAGUGA